CCUGCAGCUGUCCAAAGGAAGACUUUCAGGGCUGCAGCACUCUGUCUGGCAGUGCUCUGCUUUCUGAUGAUGACUGGAAACAUCCUCUUAUCCGUAUACUUCACUUUGCUGCAGACCAGAUACGACCAACUGAGCAACAACAACAGUCAGUUACAGAGCAGCUACGAAACACUGAGUGUAAAUCACAGUCAGUUACAGGAUGAAGUGAAGAACCUGAAGGACAGAACUGAAGUCACUUUGCUGCAGACCAGAUACGACCAACUGAGCAACAACAACAGUCAGUUACAGGAUGAAGUAAAGCAGCUGAAGAACAGAACUGAAGAGAAGUGCUGUCUUGAUGGAUGGACGAGAUUUGGCUGCAGUUGUUACUUUAAAUCAGAAGAGAAGAAGACUUGGUCUGGAAGCAGAGCUGACUGUAAGAAGAGAGGAGCAGAUCUGGUCAUCAUAAACAACAAAAAAGAAAAGGAGUUUGUCACUGAACUGAGUAAGGAUGGAGAGUCCUGGAUUGGUCUACGGUAUGAAUGGAGACAAUCAGGAUCCAAAUGGGAAUGGGAAUGGGUGGACGGAUCACCGCUGACAGAAACGUUCUGGGCAGCAGGACUGACUCACUAUGACGGUUACUGGUACGCUGCAACAUGCUGCGAUCAACAAGGAAAAUGGACACAAAGAUAUUAUUCUGAUAAUAAGAACUGGAUCUGUGAGAAAAAGAUGAUCUGAACUCUUUGAUGACAGAGAGGUGUGUAGUGUUGGGAUCAGCUUUGUUAAAUCAGACCAAUUCUUUAACAUUUGCUCAGCUGUUUAUUCUGUGUUGCUAAAUAACCUGAUUACAGAGAUAUUGUUCCUCUGCCCUUCAUAGAGCACAAUCUGGUUAGAAGUCAUGUGUACUUACUCUGUAGUCCUACAGGAUUAUUAUAAUAAAAGCUAAUAAAAACAUG